CAUCUUGGUUUCCUUUAAAACCCCUCGAUGAACCAAACCGAACCCUAGUCUCUUCCCAUCGCCUCGUCGCCGCCGCUACCUACCUCGACUGUUCUUGGCUUACUCUCGCUGGGGCUUGCUGGUGGGAGGCUGAAUCGGUAAAAUAUCGGUCUGAAUAGCACCGCGAACAGAUUUGAAUCUUUACCAGCCUUGUUUUGAACAAUCAGAAACGAAGAAGAGUGAAGAAAGAAUCAUGGAGGCGAAUCAGACGAACAUUGUAGAAGCGGAAGCAAAUUGUUCAAUCCCAAAGGGUGGCCUUUAUAUUUCGAAGCUACUUAGUCCUCUCACCAGCGUGCCCGAGUUUCAAAACUCAGUUCUUCGACAACUCCAGGAAUUAGAGGUUGAAUUGAAUUCAGCCCAACUCACCGAGUCAGAGGAUAUUUGUGUUGAUGACCUCAGGAUUCUUAAGGAGGAAGAGUUGGUAGAAAUGGCUCUCAGAGAAGCUUUUAAGGAGGAUGAGCAUGUUGAAAAUGUUUCUGAAGGGUUGGAAAAUGGCUCCAAUUCGGGUUGUCAUACAAGGUCCAGAAACAAAAAUGCAGUAGAGAAUGCCUCAACUUCAACUGAGCCCUCAAAUGGUUGUCCAGGUACUGAUUUUGAUGGAGCUGCAGGCUCAAAGAAGCAAAAGAGGAGGAAAAAAAUUAAUUGUCAUGUCGAAGAUACGUAUAUUAAAAAGGUCGAAGAACUUGCAAAGAUUAAACAAAAGCAAGAUGAAGACAAAGCAACAGCAAGGCUACAUGCUUUGGAUGCCAUCUCCAAGAUCAGUGAUAGUGCCAUCCUGACUUCUGAUAAAAUUGAAAGGUUCAAAACCCUCCGGUUUACGAGUUCCUGUGGAAAGGCUAAGUCAGCUGAUGUCAAGGAGCACACACCAGUUGUACACCCUGAAACUGUUCUUUGCGUGGAGGUCUACCAUAACAUACGGAAAUGGUCAAAGGUUCAAGAGUUCUUGGUUCUCGGCCGUCAAACAUUAACUGAACUUAAGGACAAGAUAUGUUGCUUGACUGACCAGGUGAUGCAGAAGGCUGGCCAUUAUGAUCCUUCUGGAUAUUUCCUUAUAGAAGAUACAUUUUUCAAUGAUUUGAGAGAUUCCUCUGCUAUAGAUUACAGUAAACCUAUAUUUGAUUGGCUUAGAAACUCUCCAGAUGAUGCUAUGAAAAAAUGGGAAAGCAUCAUAACUGGUGAGUUGCAACAAAAGCAAAAGUUGAUUUUAGGUGAUGUGGCACCUUCAAGGUUGCCACGCUUCAAAGCCGCAGAUUUGCACAAGACUCGGUUUUGCGACUUUAGGUUUCAACUUGGUGCCGGAUACCUCUACUGUCAUCAGGGUGACUGCAAGCACACGAUUGUGAUUAGGGACAUGAGGUUGAUUCAUCCCGAGGACGUACAAAAUCGAGCAGCUUAUCCGAUAAUGAUCUUUCAAAUAAAACCCCGAGUUCAGAAAUGCAGUGUUUGUAAUAUUUCAAGAGCUACUAAGGUAACUGUUGAGGAUAAGUGGGCGAAGGAAAACCCUUGUUAUUUAUGUGAUUAUUGCUACUCCCUUCUUCAUUCUAAGGAUCGCGCAUUUUCUGUAUAUGAUUAUUUACAUGAUUAGAUGCUCAAUGUUUGUCGCA